UGCACCUGUAAUGCUAUAUUAAAUGCAAAAACACCUAUCAUGGACCAUUGGCAACAAAUCGAAGCACAUGGUUUGCAUGUGGGCUUACCGGAAGGUUUAAUGGGAAAUUCCGAAGUUGGACAUUUAAAUAUUGGUGCCGGGCGCGUCAUAUAUCAGGAUAUAGUUCGUAUCAACAUGGCAAUAAAAAAUAAAACAUUAGUGGACAAUCCUGCGCUCAGAAAAGCAUCUGAAAGGGCGAAGAAUGGUAAUGGUAGAAUUCAUCUGGCUGGUUUGGUUAGCGAUGGAGGCGUUCAUUCACAUAUAGAUCAUUUAUUUGCUCUUAUAACUGCUUUGAAGCAGCUUGCUGUUCCAAAAUUAUUUAUUCAUUUCUUUGGAGACGGUAGAGAUACAAGCCCAACAAGUGGCGUUAAUUUCCUUCAACAACUAUUGGAUUAUGUUAAAAACGAAAAUUAUGGGGAAAUAUCUACAGUUGUUGGUCGUUAUUACGCUAUGGAUCGAGAUAAACGCUGGGAGCGUAUACGAGUUGCUUAUGAUGCUCUUAUCGGAGGGAUUGGCGAAAAAUCGCAUAUUAAUAAGGUAAUAGAUGUUAUAAAAAGUCGUUAUGCAAUCGAUGAAACUGAUGAAUUUUUGAAACCAAUAAUUUUGAACAGCGAAGGCCAAAAUGAUACUAUAAUAUUCUUUGAUUAUCGAGCUGAUCGUAUGCGUGAAAUUACUGAAUGUGUUGGUAUGGAACGCUAUAAAGAUCUUGAUUCAGAUGUUCCACAUCCAAAGAAUAUGAAAGUAAUUGGAAUGACACAGUACAAAGCCGAAUUUAUUUUUCCAUCUCUUUUCCCUCCAGAAACCCAUGUCAAUGUUUUGGCUGAAUGGUUAGCUGCUCAAGGUCUUUCUCAGUUCCAUUGUGCAGAAACAGAGAAAUAUGCACAUGUAACGUUCUUCUUUAAUGGUGGUGUAGAACGACAAUUUGAAAAUGAAGAACGUUGUUUAGUUCCUUCGCCAAAGGUGGCAACAUAUGAUUUACUACCUCCGAUGAGUUCAGCAGGUGUGGCAGAUAAGAUGGUUGAACAGUUGAAUAUCAAGAAACAUCCAUUCAUUAUGUGCAAUUUUGCUCCUCCUGAUAUGGUUGGCCAUACUGGUGUUUAUGAUGCAGCUAUUAAAGCAUGCGAAGCAACUGAUCUUGCCAUUGGUAGAAUAUACAAGGCAUGUCAAGAAAAUGGGUAUGUUCUAAUGGUAACUGCUGAUCACGGAAAUGCGGAAAAAAUGAUAGCUCCAGAUGGUAGCAAACAUACAGCUCAUACUUGUAAUAAAGUACCAUUUACUUGCUGUUCUUCAAAAUUCAAAUUCAAGCAUUCUUUGAGUGACCGCGAAAUGGCUUUAUGUGAUGUUGCACCUACGGUUCUGCACGUAAUGGGAUUACCUAUACCAAAGGAAAUGGAUGGAUGUUCAUUAUUAGAAGAAAUUUAA